CCGACCAACCGACCGACCGGGGCCGCGUGCGAAAUGUGCGGUAUUUUCUGUUUUAUCUGCAAGGACGAGAAUCUGGCACGUGGCCAUUCGAUUCUAGAGACAUGUCUUCCACUGCUCUCAAAGCGGGGACCGGAUGCAGGCGGAUCCUCCUGCAUCCGAUUGCGAUUCUCGCUCACGUGCGAUUCUCGCUUGCUGUUUCACGGUACGGUGCUCUGGCACCAGGGCCAGUGCCAGCAGCCACUAGAAACCGAUGAAACGGUGCUGGUGUUCAACGGGGACAUAUUUCAACCGCGUGACGAUCCGGAAGAGAGCGAUACGCGAUGGUUGCUAAGGCAGAUCGAAGCGUGCCGCGGCGAGGACGAGCUACGGCAGCUUUUUGGCCUGCUGCGAGGACCUUUCAGUUUGAUAUUUCUCCGUAAACAGGACCAGAAAGUGUACUUUGCCAGAGACAGCAUCGGAAGGAACUCGCUGCUCUUGGGCCGGAGCACUGAUUUGCAGGAGAUCUUCAUCACAAGCGUGAGCGGAAAUGUUCCACCAUCCUACACGGUUCAUGAGCUGCCUCCUUGUGGACUGUACUGCGUUGACCUGAAAUCAAACAUGAACUUAAGCUUGUUCCCUUGGGCAGACACCUCGGAAGCGAAGCAGUUGAUCAGUUCUUUAGUGAUAAAAGAUAAAAUACAUUUAAAUCACGCACAGUCUCUAUCGGAAAUGCAGCCAACAUACAACUUUCCCGACCUGCUGCUCGGAAAGGAACUUCACUCAGAUAACGUACACGAACAGCUGCUUCAAUCAACCGAGAUAAAGAGUGUUUGCGAACAUUUGCUCUCCGCCCUACGUGCCUCGAUCAAAGAACGCAUCGUCAGUACGACGAAUUCGUGCAAAAACUGUCUCCUAACUGGGGCAGAUACGUGCACGCAUCCGAAAAUAGGAAUUUUGUUCUCCGGAGGCAUUGAUUGUACUGUAUUGGCUCUACUGGCGGACGAGUUUGUACCUUCGUCUACUCCCAUUGAUUUGUUGAACGUGGCGUUUGAGAAAGUGUGCCGGAAUCCAAAGCAACCGUCGCCACCCAUCGAUUGGGAUGUACCGGACCGGUUAACGGGGAGAGAGUCGCUUGAAGAGUUAAAGAUUCUCCGUCCUAAUAGAAAGUGGAAUUUUGUGGAGAUCAAUGUGACACGCAAAGAACUGAACCUACAUCGGGACACCAUUUCGCAGCUAGUCUAUCCGCUACAAACCGUCUUGGAUGAGUCGUUGGGGGCGGCCUUUUGGUUUGCUUCGAAGGGUGUUGGCCGUGUAGAGGAAAUUCCGUACAGCAGCCCUUGUCGGGUUCUGCUGCUAGGAUCCGGUGCCGACGAACUAUUCGGUGGAUACACACGGCACCGUGCUGCAUUCGAACGAAUGUAUCGUUCAUGUUUCAAGGAAACCGCCAGCGAGAUCAAUGCCAUCGAGCAGGCUUACAUUGCACUAGAACAGGAACUGGAGCUGGACUGGCUGCGUUUACCGAGUCGCAACCUGGCGCGGGAUGAUCGAGUGAUCUCCGACAAUUGUGUUACACCACGAACACCUUAUUUGCAAGAGGACUUUCUAGCGCGGGUGCAAUCGUUGAAGGCCAAUCAAAGAUGUUACCACCGGCUGGAAGGUGGAAUUGGAGAUAAGCUAAUCCUACGGCUAUGCGCCUGCAAGCUAGGACUCGUACGGGCAUGUGGGCUGAAAAAACGUGCCCUUCAGUUUGGUUCGAGGAUAGCAGACCGUCACCAAAAUGCUAAGGAUAAUUCCGCCUUCCUAGCGGGUACGGGAUCAGCGUAACUUUCCAAUCCACGUCAUCCGUGCGACCAAAAAGGCAUC